CAGUCCAUGGGGCCCCCGCCCCUCUCACCUCCUCCAUGCCCUCUCCCAUGUCUGUGUUCCGAAGCUGUAUGCUGUGGUUCUACAAACGGAAGGGUAAGGUGAAAAAUAACCGUGCACGUCUUCAUGGUCCGCAUGCAUGCCGGUCCCGGGCAUGAAAACGGAUCGAGAGGAGGCGUUUGUUUGUUUGCCUUCUGGGAUGUGCGGUUUGGGUGGAGCAGUAGCGUUGUGUAGCUCUCGGUGUGUUGGUUUGUUGUCGAGGUUCGAGGACAGUUCAGAGCGGUGUGAAUUAGGUGUGUUUAGUGGCCGUCGGCUGUGAGGAAAUUAUUAAGCAGAGAGCAGUGUGUGCAAUGUGUCCUCAAUCAGUCAAACAUUCACUGGUGUUGCUGGUUUGGCUAAACAAUAAUGUAACAUGAUGUGUUUUUCCUGUCAAGAUAGUAAAAAUUGUAUGCACAGUUUGUCAGUGAAUGAUAGCUUACAUGUCGCUGUCUUAACUUCUUCUGGAACUGUCUGUGCCACGCUUGAUCUGAGUCUUUGGCAUUAGCUGUACUACCUCAGUGAGUUAAAGGUGCAUUGGUUUGAUUUUUCAAUUUUGUGUGUUCAGUUGCUGGUGGAUGUUCUCUGAAUUACCUGAGAGACUUCUACAUCAAAGAAUAGGCGAAAACAGCAUGCAAUGUAUGCAUAUUAUAUUCCAAAUUUAAGAGCAUUAUUCAAAAACCUUAAUUAAUGCAGUCAAAGAGGCCAAUUGGCAGGCAGUAUAGCUUGCAUGAAAAGGCAACAAAGACAAUAUAACGUGUAAAAAAUGUCAUGAUGCAAUACUACAAGAUAUUGGGGUUAAAGAUCACAUUACGAUUCACUUAAAUCAGCAGUGUGGGAAUAAGUUGUGUUUGGAAGCAGCAGAUCCUUCCACAGGAAGCACAUUUUGAUCCCAACCUAGCAAUGAAAUGUCACUGAGAGACACAUCUGCUCUCCAGACACCACAGGGAGCACGGUAGCAUCUCGCGUAUCCCCGGAUAGAAAAUUCGCACGAAACAUGUUCUGAGCAUGAGACUCUGGAUACAUCAGCUGUUAGCUCGGGUAUCAGGAGAUGCACAGGAUGUUGGGCAGGAGGAGAUUUCUCUGUUGCUGUAAAACAAUCCUGCUCUACGCAUGUUAUGCAGUCAGCCUCCCAGGGCAGCAGUGUCUGACAUGUGUCUGUCUAUAUAUGGCCUGGGUAUGGUAUAGGCUGAUGGACGGUAGGGCCUCACUGCUUAGAAUAAGAGAGGCAAAGAAAGGCGCUACUGACUGAUUAUUGUGGUGUAAAACAAUUCGCCGUGAUGCUUCCUCUUACGGGACAGUCACGCUCACAGGUUGAACUGUAGUUGAGAGGCGGCCGGCCGCUGUGCUGGCCCGGAAUUCGGCUCUGUGCUGUCUUUCUAUUUCGAGAAGCAUCCAUUAUUCAUCGGCCCAUCUCCCCCGGCGGUGCAUCAGAGUUGCCUCAGAGCCCUUAAGCUUUUUCCUUUUCCUCUUUCGCCCUCUCUACUCUCGCUCGCUCCUCACAUCUACAGUAGCCAUCAAUCUCCUCCCUCUUUGUCAGGCCGGCCCGGACGUUCGGUCCAGGAUGAGAGACCCCCUCCUGCUCUCUCUCUCCCGUCUCCAGGGUCCUCCCUCACCUCAGUAUCAUCUGCACUGGCAACUGUUUUAUUUUUAUUUUUCCACCUUGGUCAUCAUUUUGUUUUCACCUGUGUUCUUCAGCACUGCGUCUGUACUUGUAUAUGUAGUUAGAAAUAUAUUCCCCAAUUGUGGAUCAUGCAUCGCUCAAUCGAAUAGCAAUACGAUGAGUUCGUUUUACAUUUUUGUCACACAGUUGGAGAUAAAUUGUAACAAAGUGCGUUUACUUUACUGACCUCAGAAACCGUGCGUUCUCUUGGCACCACGUUUGGGGUAGCUACCACUGUAUUGACAUGUUGAGGUCCUGUGCAUCAUACCGCAUACUCCCUCUGGAGCAUGUACUGACAAAUUUCAUCAGCUGGUCUGACGAUGGCAGGAGGAGAGAGGAGGGAUGAAUAAUUCAAAGAGGCCUUUUGGAGAAAGGAGGAGCAGCAUUAUGGGGAGAGGCUGGCUGAGCAUUGUAAAAAGGGAAAUCUUUGUGAUUGGAGACCCUCACCACUGAGAUGGGAGAUAAAUCCUCGAUGCUCUUAGUUUUUAUGAAUAUAUCUAUCUAUCUAUCUAUCUAUCUAUCUAUCUAUCUAUCUAUCUAUCUAUCACAUGCAGUAAUUGUACUACCACAUUAAUUGUAAACAGCAGUGUCCAUCUUUGCCUGCAGUCUCGGUGACUGUAACUACCAGUAGCUUCAUUGAUGUACAUUUAAUUGCCCAAACUCGAUCUUUCUAAUACAGUCUGCAACAUGCAAGUUAGAAGCAGAAGAGUAUCUGGAGGCACACAGAAUCAGUGGAGCAGAAGAUGGUUGUCUAGUUCAUAACCUGCCAAAGAAACCGUUACAGAAGAAUUAAGGAUGGAGCUUUUCAGGCUGGUCCAUGGCAGUAUAAAAUGAUACCUGACAUUACUUGACAUAAGCCGAUGCCAGCAGUAUGCCAAUAUAUUGGUGUAUAUAUAAUAACACCGUUUUCUUUUCUUGGUUCAAGUGCGUUCUGACUGCCGUUGUUUCCAUCCAGGUCUUUACUUUAGUUUCCGUGAUAAAAGCAAACAUGGCAAAGAAAACCUUAAAACGUGAAAUGAGUAUGAACAUCGAGUAAACAGAGAUUCUGGUACAUGAUAUCACCGAUGGGUAGAAGUUGGCCACUUCCCCCUGACUAGCAAACACACAACUGUUCAGCGUCUGCCGGCUGCAUUCGCCAUCACCAGUGAAAGAUGCACUGAAAAGCAAGAGAGCUGUUGGGCCUUUAACUGCGUGAAUAGUUUGAGGAAUGAUUCAGGCAUAACUCUUGCCGUGCCGACGAGUAAAGAGUGUAAAGUAGGUCAUAUUUUUAAGGUAUCGUCACCUUUCAAAUAUUCUCUGUAUGAUGGUUUAGUUUACUCCCACAUUGUCAGACUGAUAACUUUAAAUUCUGAUGGCUUUCACUUUGAAAAAAUGCUUUUUUUAAAGAUAUUAGUUGUUUUUUCCUCCUGACAUCACAGCUCUAUUCAUCGUAUCAUCCAUAGCGUGGUUGUUUUGCCAUUUAGUCAUAGUGAGAGAGGUUGCAUCAUGUGAUCAAAUAACAUCAACGCAUACUCUUUAUCGGAUAUAUAUUAGUCAGGAUAUGAGGUGACCUUUCCGGUCUAUGUGGACAUCAGGGUACUGAACCACAGCCUGAAUGAGGUCUGCUGCUCUGUAUUGGCUGUAUGUGGGAACUCCGUUUCAUUUGCCAUCUGUAUUCUAGUAUCUACUCUCAACUCUCUUUGUAUGUCUGUAUCUAUCAUGGGUGUUGACCCAAUACCUGCCAGGGUCUGUCUGUAAUUAGGAAGGUGUGCGUGGAUCGAUUGGAGGUUAUUGGCGUGAGGUACAGUACUUCCUGUAUGUGCUUCUUCUUCUAAUAGUCUUGCUGUGUCUCUCUGCUUCACAGCAUCACAGCCUCCUGUAAUAUGCUUUAGUCAGUACACCUUCGUCUGUUAUGACACAACUUUGCAGCUGGGCUUUGAGACUGUGUUAUAUUCUUACAGGGUUGAAACGGCAUCAUAAAAGUCAGUGUGUGUUAAUAUUGUCAGGUUUUUGCAAUCAUAGGGAGUAAAAAAUGUGAACUUAGCACCACUUAGACUUUGGCCCUUUUUUUCCACUAUGGAAUUGGCUGUAAAACAGCAUGUAACAAGUCCUUUACACCCUUAUCACUGUAGACUUAAAGGUAGUUUCACUGGGAACUAUGAAACCUUGAAAAUAUCUUAAAAUGUCUUAUCUCCUGAUAGGGGAAAUGAAUGAAUGACACAUUCUUUAUCUUUAACCCUUAUCUAAACAUUGUCCAUUCUUUCUGGGUCUAUUUUCUAUGAUUACAAGGUUUAGCACCACUUACUUCUGAGUAACACUGACCAGGCAGCAGGAUAACUUUCUGCUCCGAUCGUUGUACAUUUAACCUGAACUUAUCGUGUCCAUUCCUGCUACUGUGGCUUGUCCUGGGUCCGUUUGUCGGUAAGACUUAUCAAGAUAUGUUAAGGACAAACAACUUGCUGUUUAUUUAGUUUUCGUGACUCUGCAGAAUAACAAAGGUGGUUCAUAUCAGAUGACGGUGACUGUCAUGACUUGCAGUAUGUCGCCUCAUGUGACUGGCCCGCUGGCUGACACGCUACAGAUUCGCUGAGUUGACUAACUGCUCAAACCUACCUGAGAAUCAUGUUGUACGUGUGAGCUGCAAACUAGGACGAAGAUCGGACUUGAGACACAGUUCAUACAGUUAAAGUAUUCUUUUUGUGGUUUAAAGGCCCGGCUGCUACCUCUCCUCUGUCAUGAACAGAGCUAAACAACAUUAGCCGCAGUAAUCUGUUCGUCUGUAGAGUCUGUUUGGCUGAGGGAAAAGUGAGAGGCCGGAGAGGUGCUGUCUGAGUGGAUUGGCCUGAGCCUCCGCUGCCUUUUAAUGUCUUUAAAAGCUUUUUUGCUGUAGCCAAAGCCAGCCUUUCAUCUGCUGUACUGUCUUGUUUCCAGCUCAAUAAAAAAAAAAAUACUUUUACACCAGAUAUAGUUUGCCAGCUAAUUCCAUGAAAUAUAAGUCAUAUAGUUUUUUGACUGUGCUGCAUCAUCCACAUGCACAAAACAAAAAGGUAAGCCUACUUUCCAUGCAAAAAAAAUCUUGAAUAAUUUAAAAUGCAGGCUGUGAAUACAUACAACAUGCAUACCUGCUACAACCUGACUGGAUGGAUGAAAUCCUGGCCAUGUGUGUUGGUAGAGGACAAAAUACUGUAUCUCCUGAUACCAUUGGCACCAGGAAGUGGGUGUGGGUGUGUGCGUGUGUUUUGCACGCGUCAGGCCCAGUAUUGAGUCACUGUUUAAUGUCACUGGCAGUCUGUUUGUUCUCCGUAUUUGCUCUGUGGGUGCAGCCUGGCCCGGCUCCAUUGCACACUCCGACCCCGAAGGCUCUCUGUGGAGAAAUAAAACACAGCGCUGCCUCACCACUCUGGAGGAGCUUUUCCUCAUUUUACAGUGAUCACAGGAGUAUUGAUACUUUAGGUGUUGAUACACCCAUCGACGUCAUUAUUUUAUAGCGCGUUAACGCAUUUUUUUAUUUUGAAAGUCCGUGGAGGAAGUCUUCAGCAGACUAGGUUGAUGCAGCGUGUGGGAUAAAUUUAGAUAAACAAAAGCAAGACAAGCGGCAUUACAACGUGCACCAGAUGUUGCUCUGCCUGGAGACUACUGGACAUCACUGCGCCCGAGAUGCGGAUGAGCGGGAGAAGUGGAUCCACGCCUUAGAGGGAACUAUCCUCCGUCACACCCUGCAGCUCCGAGAGGCAGAGACGGGAUUAGUUCCGAGUGUUCAAGAUUUCGAUAAGAAGCUAUCUGAAGCCGACGCCUACCUACAGAUUCUGAUCGACCAGUUAAAGCUGUUUGAUGACAAGAUCAAGGACUGCAAAGAGGAUGAAUCCCGCAGAAAAAUAGACCUUUUGAAGGAGACCACUUGUAGCAUGGUAGAGUCCAUCAAGCACUGUAUUGUACUGCUGCAAAUCGCCAAGGACCAAAGUAACGAACAGCAACACGCAAACGGACUUAUAAGCACCAUAAACCCAGUGGAUGGGAUCUACCAACCCCCUCUGGACACUCCUCUAGUCAACACCACGAUGCCAACACAAACCACACUACCCACAGACGCUUCUCAGGUGUGUAAAUCAGACCAACGCCCCUCCACGCUGUCCGUUGGUCCCGUCGUCACAGUGAUGGGCAGUCUGCAGACCCCAACUCCCAACAGCACAGGGAGUGGCCCAUCAGGCCCCAGCAGCGGCAUGGCCUCCCCCACUCACAUCCCCCUCCCCUCGCACUCGGUGCCAGACUUCUCUUAUUCCUCCAGCGAGGAUGAGUUCUACGAUGCUGACGAGUUCUACCAGAGCAACACUUCCCCCAAGCACUGCAUAGAUCCCUCAGGGCCUCAAGCUGCCUCGCUUCUCACCAAUGAAGCGACGGCAAUGAAACGACCGAACACCACCGAGUCCAUGAACUCGUCCAUGUCCAACGGCACCACCGAUGCAGACCAGUUUGACAGCCACGAUGACCGCGAUGAUGACGGAGAGGGCGAGUCUGUGGAGGAGCACAAGAGCGUCAUCAUGCACCUUCUCUCUCAAGUUCGUUUGGGCAUGGACCUCACCAAGGUGGUCCUGCCCACUUUCAUCCUAGAGAGGAGAUCUUUGUUAGAAAUGUACGCAGACUUCUUUGCACAUCCAGAUGUAUUUGUAAGUAUCGCCGAGCAGCUGGAGGCCCGGGAGCGCAUGGUUCACGUGGUAAAGUGGUACCUGUCAGCUUUCCAUGCAGGGAGGAAAGGUUCAGUGGCCAAGAAACCUUACAACCCAAUCCUGGGGGAAGUCUUCUACUGCCACUGGGAUCUGCCCAGCGAAACAGAGGAGCCGUCCGCACACACGGAGACGGUAUCAGAAGGUCCAGUACCGUGGUCUUCAUCCAACAGUGUGUGUUUUGUGGCAGAGCAGGUCUCUCACCACCCACCCAUUUCUGCAUUCUACGCAGAGUGUUUAAAUCAGAAGAUCCAGUUCAACGCUCACAUCUGGACGAAGUCUAAGUUCUUAGGCAUGUCCAUAGGUGUCCACAAUAUCGGCCAAGGUUGUGUGUCGUGUUUGGAGCACGAUGAGCAUUACAUCCUCACCUUCCCAAACGGAUACGGCAGGUCGAUUCUGACCGUGCCGUGGGUGGAGCUGGGUGGCGAGUGCAACAUCUCCUGCUCCAAGUCGGGCUACAGCGCGACCAUCAUGUUCCACACCAAACCCUUCUACGGAGGAAAGAAGCACAGGAUAACCGCUGAGAUUUUUGCACCCAAUGAUAAGAAGUCCUUCUGCUCCAUUGAAGGAGAAUGGAACGGAGUGAUGUAUGCCAAGUCGGCAACUGGAGAGAACACAGUGUUCAUAGACACUAAGAGGUUAGGCACCAUUAAGAAGAAAGUGAGAAAACUGGAAGACCAGCUUGACUACGAGUCCCGAAGAUUGUGGCGAGAUGUGACGUUGAACUUGAAGCGCAGAGACAUUGAUUCAGCAACAGAAUCCAAACACCGGCUGGAGGAGAAACAGAGAGCCGAAGCCAGAGAGAGGAAGGAGAACGAGCAGCAGUGGGAGACCAGGCUAUUCCACGAGGACGGGGAGUGCUGGGUCUACGAUGAGCCUCUAUUAAAGAGAUUAGCCUCUCAGCGGCAGUGAGAAGACGACGCACACUCUGAUACACACAGCAUACAUAUAUGCAUAAAGAAAUGCACACACAGCAGAGUCUUCAUAAGAACUCUUUUGCAAAGCCACUUCUUUUCCAAGCCUUGGAAUGACUGAUGAUUGAAUAUGUACACAGCUUUGCAUUUGACUGUAAAACAACAAUAUGGAAAUGAAUGAAAUCAAAUGGAAAAGCAUUUAAGAUGUAAAUGUGAAAUACUAGUUAAUGCUCAACUCCUUAUUUGGGCAAUUUCACUUCCACCGCCACCGAUACCCACCACCCAGCCAAGACGGGACUCUGCAGUGCACAGUGAAGACGGGAGGGUUGGCACAUCUCGUCUCUCAACUCUGUGCGUCAAACUUCACGACGGCACACUCCAUCAGCUCCACAGGACGAGCCAGAGCACCACUCGUUUCCGUACACAAACGUUUUUUUGGGGAGGGGGGAGGCAAGGGGUGUGUCUAAUUGAUGGUUGAUGGUGUUCAAAUCAAAUAAACCUUGACAAAGAAAUCGGCGCUCUACAUCUCAGGGAAUCUGGUGACUGAGGAAAGAAAGCGGCUGCCCCCUCCGAGAGUCUGACAGCCUUAUAACGGUGGAAGUGAUGAAUCUUAAAAGGGGCGGGGGAGAAAUUCUCCGCUAGCCUGCAAAUAGUUGUAACUGUUGUUUAUAUAUAGAUAUACAUAUGAUGGAUAUAUAAAUAUAUAUUCUUUUUUUUUUUUUUUUUUUUUUCCGAUGCUCUUUUUGUUUGUUUUUCUUUCUGGCAAUAGUGUAAAAAAUAUUUGAGGAUAUGAACUUGAUGGCUUUACAUCUUUAGGAAUCAUUCCAUUUACCCUUUUGGUGUUUUGGGUUCCCGUUUCAGGUCAAAGUCGUCGCCUAUUUGGUCCUUCACACUGUUCACAAGCAAAGCCCGACACAAGCCAUAGCGUCUGAACUCACUGAUUGGGAGAGUUGUGAUAGAUUUGUGGAAUAUAUGCAAUAAAGAGAUCAUUAACAUUGCUUGUUUAAAGGACAAAUAUGGGUGUCCAUUAUGCCAAAAAGAUUUAGAUAAAAGGCUAACGGGACUUUCUCUCUGGACAGAACAAACAAUCCUCUGAAAAUGUUUCCAUGUUACCUGAAGGUGUUUAUGAACAAAUGAUUGUUUGCAUAUUUUUGUCUUUCUGGAUUGCUGGUUCAUGAUGACGUGGAACACUAGGACUAAGUCUGUAAACGUCUCCCGGUUUCCUCUCCGAACCCACAGACGUCAGACUGGAUCACCUUGAUGGUUCACGUGUUGUCCCGGGAUGAGGAGAGUGAAAACGUGGAACCAGAGUAGACUUUUGAAACACUGCGGCUUUGAGUCCAGACUGUUCUGACGAUUCUGUUUUCUCGUCCACUUCAUUUUCUUUGUCCAAUAAUUAGUUUAGAUCACCACAUAGAGGGCAAUAUUUAUCCUACUAUACACCUCUCCUUUCUUAAACAGUCAUUAUCUUAUUUACAGCUACAUAGAUUGGAUAUAAAUGCAAUGAUAUUUGGAUGAAAGUCAGAAAUAAACAAUUUUCACCUGAAGAUGCUCAAGAAUAUCUCUCAAUGCAGCUCACAUCAGAGAUGAAUCUGGACAAUUUCAAUGAAUAUGAAUCAAGGAACCUGUUGAAGGAUCUAUGAAGACAGACAUAUUCCUGGUGCUGUGUGUAUGAAAACUUGCUGGUGAAUUUAAUCCUCUUAAGCAUACAGAAAUGCCUUUAGAAACGAGCCAAAUUAAAUUCAGUGUCCAAGCUAAAUUUGUUAGUUUUUAUUUCGUUUUUUUGUCCAUGGUAUGUCUUUGUAAAUUAUAUUGAAUCGAGGCCUUGCCAUACAUUUCAGUAUCACUCAGUAUCGCCUGAUGGAGAGCAAUCAAAAUGUAUUUUUAAUUUUAAUUUUGAUCAUAACCAUUGAUUGUAUCAGAUUUUCCUGUUUGUUGAUGCAUAAUAUUAAAUCUCCAUGAGUUUA